UGAUGGUCAGAGCUGCUGUCGGUGCAAAGGAUGAGGCAAAUACUUGUACUCUUGCUCUUCGCAACCCUUGUUUAUGGGUUAAUAAGGGUUCCCCUGAAAAGACAGAAGUCCAUUCGGAAAACACUGAAGGAGAAAGGGAAGCUUUCCCACAUAUGGACCCAACAGGGGAUAGACAUGGUUCAGUACACUGAUUCCUGCAGCAAUGACCAGGCCCCCAGUGAACCCCUGAUCAACUACAUGGAUGUGGAAUACUUUGGAGAGAUCUCUGUUGGAACACCUCCUCAGAACUUUACUGUGAUUUUUGACACUGGUUCUUCAAACUUGUGGGUUCCAUCUGUGUACUGCAUAAGCCAAGCAUGCGCUCAGCACGACAGGUUUCAGCCUCAAUUAUCAAGCACCUAUGAAUCUAAUGGAAACAAUUUCUCCCUUCAGUAUGGAACUGGUAGCCUCUCAGGUGUCAUAGGCAUUGACGCUGUUACUGUGGAAGGUAUCUUGGUGCAGAACCAGCAGUUUGGAGAGAGUGUCUCGGAGCCUGGCAGUACUUUUGUUGAUGCUGAAUUUGAUGGCAUACUUGGCCUGGGAUAUCCUUCUAUUGCAGUAGGGGACUGCACACCUGUAUUUGAUAACAUGAUAGCUCAGAACUUGGUGGAAUUGCCAAUGUUUUCCGUCUAUAUGAGCAGAAAUCCAAAUUCGGCAGUAGGGGGGGAACUGGUGUUUGGGGGGUUUGAUGCAUCUCGCUUCUCUGGCCAGUUAAAUUGGGUGCCUGUCACUAACCAAGGCUACUGGCAGAUACAGCUGGAUAAUGUCCAAAUAAAUGGUGAGGUGUUAUUCUGCAGUGGUGGAUGUCAGGCUAUUGUUGACACAGGCACAUCCUUGAUUACCGGUCCUUCUUCUGACAUUGUUCAGCUUCAAAACAUAAUUGGAGCAUCUGCUGCAAAUGGAGAUUAUGAAGUGGAUUGCAGUGUUUUAAAUGAAAUGCCAACCGUCACUUUUACCAUAAAUGGAAUUGGGUACCAGAUGACACCACAACAAUAUACUCUACAGGAUGGUGGUGGUGUAUGCAGCAGUGGCUUCCAAGGUCUCGAUAUUCCUCCCCCUGCUGGACCUCUCUGGAUCCUGGGAGAUGUUUUUAUUGGCCAAUAUUACUCUGUAUUUGAUAGGGGUAAUAAUAGAGUUGGGCUUGCCCCAGUAGUACCUUACCCACCUCUAAAAAAUGGUGUGUAAUUGACUCAAUAGGACUUUACAAACUUACAUCUGAAGAUAAUUUUAUUAUCGAACUCUGUGUAAUACACCAUCAUUUUGCAUUUGUCAAAUACCUCUGUUUUGCCUCUAACGGAUACAUUACACAAGGUACUAUUACAGAUUUGUAACUUUACAUAUGACAUGAGCCUUGGGAAGUGCAAGUAACACCUCUACAUCUGAAAAAAGCAUUUCAAAUUUCCUAAAUCUAGGAUAUGCACACUUUUGCUUCUAUAACGUCUAAUUGUUACAACUUGCAGUUCAAUAUAAUCAUAUGCUAUUUGUCUUUUAACUGUUGUUAUUUUAGAAAAAUUACCAAUAAAAAACGAGAAAUUA